CCGAAUUGUGCGUCACCGGUUUCCAGGUGCGGCCCCGCCCCCUCGGUGGCGCGUGACGUCACGCGCAGAGGGCGGGGCAGCGGCGGGCACAACAACAUGGCGCUGAACAGGAAUCACUCGCAAAGCGGCGGUGGCGUCGUCAUCAGCAACAGCGAGAGCUUUUUAAAGGAAUGCAAAGAUGUGGAGCUAUCAUUCGGUGAUUUGACUGCAAAGUCGGAUUUCUUUAAAGGGACCAAGAAGGGAACUCUGUACUUGACCCCAUACAGGAUGAUCUUUGUAUCAAAAGGAAAAGACCCAAUGCAGUCAUUCAUGAUGCCCUUCUAUCUGGUAAAAGGAUGUUCUAUUGAACAGCCAGUCUUCUCAGCUAAUUACAUAAAGGGUACCGUUCACGCUGAGCCUGAAGGCGGCUGGGAAGGUCAGGCAGCAUUCAAGUUGGUUUUUAACAGUGGAGGGGCUAUCGAUUUUGGUCAGCUGAUGUUUAAAGUGGCUCAACAGGCUUCCAGGGGUACUCCUGUGCAGAACAAUGCUUAUGGAUAUGAACCAGUGGGUGUGAUGAGUUUUGGAUUUGCACCAGCAAACGGCCCCUAUGCAGCCAAUGGCCCCUAUGCAGCAAAUGGCCCCUAUGCAGCAAAUGGCCCCUACGCAGGGAACGGUCCAUACGCCUAUCAGCCGCCUCCUAUGAAUGGUUAUGGACCUCAGCCAACAACAGUGGGUUACUCUUAUGGAAUGUCUGCACUACCUCCAGGUGCGCACCCAUCUGCUCCUGCCAUGGACAUGUACAUGCCGCCCCCACCUCCUUACCCUGGACUUCCUCCAGCUAAUGUGGCUCAACAUGGACUGCCUGGUGGAGCUAAAGCCGCAGAAGCAGCGUCCAGUGCGUACUACAACCCGUGCAAUCCUCACAGUGUCUACAUGCCGAUGGAUCAGCCCCCACCGUAUACACCAGCAGAGGAGAAGAAGAACAAGUGAAACACUCUGAAGUUGCGAUUCUUCCAACCGUUUGUGAAUUGUUUACUUUCUAAAAAAAAAGUGUGUUGUUAGAAGCUGCAUUUUUAUUAGACUUGAGCCAGUCCAUAAUCUCUUUCCACAUUGUAUCGUCCAGCUACAGAACUGAGUCUCGGACUGCAGGCAUCUGGUUGUGUCUGUGCACAGAUAUCUUGUGCAUUGAAGUAGGUGAGGUGGCCAGAACAUGACACCAUUGUACGCCGUCUCUUUCCUCAUCCUUGUCGUCUUUUCUACUUUCCUUGCCUCUGCCGGAAGUAAUCUGCCUCCAAACUUCAUUGACCUCCGUACAUUGUCAAGCGAAUGUUGGAAAGAAAUUAAUUAAAUUGCUCCAAUUGAGCCAAGCCUGUCUAGGUCCUGCAGGAUCUACUCCAUCAGGAAUUCGGACCAGACCGGGGGUGAAAAUAUUAGCCUGAUGUCACCAAUGGCCAGUUGGAAGCAUUGUGCUGGUUGGUGCUGCAGCUGUCUAGACCCUGAAGGCAGUGAGACUUAAUGAAUAACAUCCUUAAAUGCCAAGAUGCUGCUUGUAAAUAUGACAAUAUACAAUUAUACCAGAAACAUAUCGAAUUAUUGAAAUUUUUUCACAUAAUGCAAACAGAAACACGUUCCCACAAGAUGACAGUACUGGAUUGUGAACCAUUUGAAUCAAGAUUAAAAUCACAGUGAUCAUCAUUGCCCAUUUACCAGAACGUUAUCACUAGGCAUUAGGGUUUUAAGAUAUAGAAAGUUUUAAGUAUUCAAAUUCUUUAUUUAAAGUUUUCUAUAUGAAAUAAAAGACUUCUUAUGGCUGAGAUUAAAUUAUACGACUAUUGCUUGGAAUUUACCAAGUAAUAUUUUGACAGCUUGGCAGAAAGGGAUUGGAGAAAUUCCUUCUUAACAUUUGUCUGUGCAAUUUUGCUAGCAAGGGUUUCUUGGCAUUUCUUACAGAGAAAGAUCAGAUCAGAUUAACUGAUUUCAAAUUAGCUGUGACUUUGCUGCUCUGUGGUAAAGUUCACAAAGUUCCCACUGGGCAAUGUGAAUUACUAUUGGUGGGAAUAUGAGCUUCAGCAGUUCAACCUCUGGCACUGAAUCAACGAAUAUUAAUCAGUGAACAUUAACCCAAAGCCUUUUUGCACUUCAUCAUUUUAUAUUGUCGCCACCAUAAUUGAAGUCUGACGUUCAUGUUCCACUCAGUGAGGUGAAUGGGUCGAGAGGAAGCACUGAGACUCAUGUAGGGUUAUAAAAACAUAAUCCUUCCCUGUUGGAAACAAUGUGCACAAGAUCCAUUGUUGCAUGGUUGGGUCUUGUUUGUGUUUCUAAAGCCUUGUGCCCUUCAGUAAUACUGCUUGCUUACUUAGUGUCACAGAGUGAUACAGUGUGGAAACAGGCCCAACUUGCCCACACCGGCCAACAUGUCUCAGCUACACUAGUCCCACCUGCCUGCACUUGGCCCCUGUCCCUCCCAACGUGCCCUGUCCAUGUACUUAUUUUGUCUGAUUAUUUUUAAGAGUGAUGAGCAGUGUUGGUGUUGGUUUGCUCUGGGUGGGUGGGGAGAUCCCACAACUUGUUAGUGGUGGGAAUGGCAUUGAUGAUGAACUGGGCCCUAACCACAUUUCUUCAAGGAGACCUGCAUCUUCCAACUGACCCACAAUAGCAUGUUAGGUAGGGGAAUAGCUGUUUACUUACUGAUUCUCCCUGUGCCUCGGUGGCCUUAUGACUGGACUAUACACCAGGGCACAGACACCAUGUGAAGCAUUGUAGAAAGCUGCAUGGAACAAGCUGCUUUGUGCACACAGUAGGUAAGACAAAGGUUUUUUUUAUUUGGGAUUAUCUUCUCAAACAUUACACAUUUUCCAAUAGCCAGUUUCUGCAAAAUAACAAUGUGAAGCCAGUAAUGGGCUCCCCUCGUGCCCAGACUUACAUAGAAAACUUCAGGGCUGUUUUAAUGCAUUGACUUCUAUUGUUGGGAGAGGGAUCUCUACACCUGCAUGAUAUUGAGGCCUCCUGCCAAAGGAUAAACCCUGCUUGUCCAGACUGUGCUGGUGGCCAACUAUAGACCAACCCUGAGACCGGUUCAUUGGAAUUAGCAACAAAUCAAAUGAUUACCCCAGAACUUUAAUCAGUCUGGACUGCUUUAUUUCCCUGUCAUGUUCAUAAAUGAUAGGAGCAGAGUUAAGCCAUUUGGCCCAUCUGGUCUAUUCUGCCAUUCAAUCAUGGCUGAUCUAUCUCUUCCUCCUAACCCCAUUCUCCUGCCUUUUCUCCGUCACCCCUGACACCCGUACUAUUCAAGAAUCUAUCCAUCUCUGCCUUAAAAAUAUCAAUUGACGGCCUCCACUGCCCUCUGGAUGAAAGAAAUUCCUCCUCAUCUGUCUACAGUUCCACUUCAUAGGCAGCGUGGUGACCAGUUGCCGCCACAGCUUGCAGUUGUGUGUGUAGGAGAGUAAAGGAACACAAGGAGGGAGUUAGCUGUGGAGUAGACAGAGAAUGAGGACUCAACUCAGCUCAUUAGUAAUACUGCGUUUUACAGAGCAAACUGGUUCAUGAAAAUUAAUGUCGCUAUUUUUCACUCCUGGAAACCUUUGUACCAUUAUCCGUGCAUGUGGUAACUGAAGGUACAGCAGAGGCCCCUAGUGUGGUCUUUGCCUUUCCUCCACUGACUGCUAACCGACUUCUUAGAAGUAGUGUCCUUUCUUGGUAUAGCAUGUUCUUAAACUUGAUUUUUAUAUAUAUCGAAAGGAAAUCGCUUAGUGUGACUUUUUAUCAAUGAAAAGAUUGAUGUUUCUACUUUCUACUGAUGGGGAUGAAAUAAUACACAAAGUGACGGAGCAAAUGAUUGUAGUGGUGUCACUGGGUAAGGGCAGCAUUGCUUUUGGCCCACUGGGCCCAUACUAAUGUUGAUAUCAUUCUGUGAAUAAAGAAAAUGGGACUAAAUUAAUAAGAAA